GUCGAAGAGUUCAUGAAAGCCUGGCCCUUUCACAAGAGACACAAGUCGUCUGCUGCCUCGCUGCGGAGGGAGGGAGAGCUGCUGAAGCCUCGCCGACAAGACCCGUCGAGAGAUUUCGUCAAUGUUUGGCAGGAGAUCAGUCAGAGCAGAGUCUACGUUCCUCAGAAGCAGGAUGUUGGCAGGAUUCUUAAGCUUGAAUGCAAGUCCAUGAGCAUCGAGUCAGCGGAGGUAAUGCAAGCGCCUCCUCUCGCUCCUGCUCGCAGCAUGAUGGAGGUACCGCAACCUCCCAACAGCUUCGACCCGCGAGCUCCCAAGGCCACCUUCAAGGUCCUCACCUACAACUGCCUGGCCGACAUCUACGCCAACCCCCAGGCCUACCCCUACACGCCCUCCUGGGCCCUCCCCUGGAACUUUCGCAAGAGGAACUUGCUGCGAGAGAUCCUCGGGUACCAGGCAGACGUGCUGGCGCUGCAGGAGGUGCAGGCGGAUCACUGGAAGGAGUUCUUAGAGCCUCAGCUGGACGCGGCAGGGUACCAGGGGGUGUACAAGCAGAAGACGAGGGAGAGCAUGGGGCAGGACGGGAAGAUGGACGGGUGUGCCAUCCUCUUCCGCAAGUCUCGUUUCUCUCUGGUGGAGAAGCAUGCUCUAGAGUUCAACCAUGUCGCCAUGUCGCGAGCGAGGGGCGUCGGAGGGAAGGGAGGGCUGAGCGAACGCGCCCUCCAGUGCCUCCUCAAGGAUAACGUCGCCCUCGUCCUCGUCCUCGAGAUGUCCAUCAACGGCCAGCCCGCCGGCCCCUCCGGCCGCAUCUGCGUAGCGACGACGCACAUCUAUCAGAACCAAGGCUUCCCCAACGUGAAGAUGUGGCAAGUGAUGACGCUGGUCCAGGAGCUGCAGAAGUUCACCGUCCCUCGCCAACUUCCUCUGAUCCUCACGGGCGACUUCAACUCGCAGCAGGACAGCUCUGUGUACGAGUUCCUUCAGCGAGGGACCGUCAACCCCAACCACUCGGAGCUGCAGGACGAUCCGCAGGGCAUCCUAGAGCACGCUGACAUCCGGCACAAUUUACAGCUCAGGGACAGUUACAGCGCCCUGGGGAAGGACUUCUACUCCAACUUCACCGCCACCUUCACCGGCAUCCUCGACUACAUAUGGCACACUGCCGAUCGCCUCCGGGUCACGCGGGUGCUGGAGCAGAUCGAUCACAUCACGCUCACGGCCUACACCGCGCUCCCCUCCCCCCAGUACUCCUCCGACCACAUCGCCUUGAUGGCCGAGCUUGAAUUCUCGAUUGUGCGAUGA